AUGUAUGUCCACCAGCGCAUCGGCAUUUUCUGUCACUGUACUUCGUUUGUGCUCGUGUGCUACACGCUCAAGAGCACGGAUUGGGCCUACGAUGCGGCCAGCCUCACGGGCAUCGGUCUCUACGACCUCGGGGGCGUCGGUGUCUCGAUCAAACUCGUCGAUGCAGGUAUUAGCAAGCUCGGCUACGACGUCGUGGACCCGGACAAGUGGCCCGCGUCGUCGUCUGCCUUUUGCGCGAUCGCGUCGGUGGCAGCGCACGAUCCGUGGUGCCACUCGGCGGCGCAGUGCGCGCGUACCUUUCAUGCGUUUGCCUUGCUCGCUGCUAUGGGUGGGCUCUACGUCAGCACCCACGUCGUGCUCAAGCGCCGGUAUCCGUCGUGGGACGGGGCGGGCCGCUCCGCGUCCUUGCCGUGGGCUACAUUCCUCAGCUUUGUCCAAAGCGCGUCGCUGCUUAUCGUAGUUGUAGCGUGGAGUGUGGCACAAAGCGCCAUGGACACGGUGUGCAUCGCCGACAAACUGGCCAAGUCGGCGUGCGUGACGCUCUCGACAGGCUUCACCAUUGCGCUCGUCAACGUCGUUCUCUCGCUCUUCGUGUUUGGUCUCUGGCGCGUGAGUCACAAGUGGCUCGAAGCCAAGGCGUCCGGGGCCCUUAUGGACAGCUUCAUUUUGGCAGCGAAAACAGAUGACUUGGACGAGGCGUUGGCGAUCAUUGCAGGGCGCGCCGACAUUGACGGCCUCGGUACCGAUGGCCGCAAUGGACUGCAUUGGGCCGCGGCCCUCAACCGCAGUGCAGUCGUGCACGUUUUGCUCAAGAAGGGCGCGCAUAUUAGCCACAGCGACAAGGACGGAUGGACGCCGUUGCACUGGGCGAGCCGCAUGGGCAACCCCGAUGUGGUGCGGCUGCUUGUAAAACACGGCGCUGACGUGAACGCCAAAGACCCGUGGGGCACGACGCCGCUCAUGCUCAGUCUCGGCGCGCACGUCAAUGCCCGCAACGUCUUUGGACAAACCGUGCUCAUGAUGUGUGCGCAAGAAGACGCCGAAAUGCACGCAUUUGUGGUCUUGCUCGUCAACGCCAACGCGUCCUUGAAGCUACGCGAUAGCCAAGGCAUGAACGUGCUGCAUUACGCUGCCGGCGCGGGCCUCAAGAACAUUGCUGCCACGCUGCUCGAGUGCUGCACACCGGCGGAGAUCGGGCAGCUCAACAAGUUUGGCGACUCGCCGCUCCACGAAGCGCGGCUUCGACAGCGCAAGACAACCGCUGCCAUUUUGGAAGGCAAUCCCAAUGCGAUGCUCGAGGCGUCGAGUGGCGACGACUCGAGCGACGAGUACGAGCUGCGGUCGGACAUGAGCGACUCGAGCGACUCGGGCGAAGAAGACAACGAAAGGGCUCGGUAGCUGACUGGGAGUGCACACGACACGGAUGAUGAUAAUAUUACUAUAUAAUAAGAGGCGCCAUUAG